CCUUAAAACAUGAAUUUUGAACUUUGUCAGUGACUCCAUUAGAAAGAGCACACUCGAAAACCUACAAAAACAUAUCUGAGAGAUCUUUCCAGCGCUUUAAAAUCCAAUGUCUACAUGCCUAGGCAGAAUUGCCCACUGUGCGUUAACUGUCUAUCACCAUGCCAUUUUAGAGCAGUCAACAGAUUAAGAAAAAACUAGCAUUUAAUACGUUGGUUUAAACGAUAUUUAUUUAAAGAUGAAGAAUUCCUAAUGACAGAAUCAGUAAUCCUUCUCGUUCUUUUCUUUUUAGUAUUCAUCACAAGUAGCAGCUUUAGACCUUGAUUAUAAGCCUGAUGUUAAAUCAAUUAUUGAAUUAAAACCAAAACUAUUAUAUUUAUUUGGUGCUAAUGAAGGUCUUAUUAAACGUCAGGAUUUGCCGAAUGAUUGUUACAUAAUUUAUCAAGGUAUUAACUACUGAAUACUUAACUUCAUGUAUAAUAUGUGUAAUCGUUUGUUUGCAUUAUUUUUUUAAGUCAUCAUGGUGAUCGUGGUGCAUUAAUGGCAGAUGCAAUUCUACCUGGAGCCGCUUACACAGAAAAACAGGGCAUAUAUGCCAACACCGAAGGUCGUGCACAACAAACACAUCUUGCUGUAACACUACCAGGCAAAGCAAGAGAAGAUUGGAAAAUUAUUCAAGCUUUAGCUGAAAAUCAUAAAAUAUCGUUUACUGAUUCAGCACUAACACCUCCAAUUACCGAAUUAAAAGGCUUUUAUAUGACGGAUCCCAUAAGUCGUGCAUCAUUAACAAUGGCUAAAUGUGUUAAAGCAGUUGAAGAACAACUGAAAUCUCGGCACACAUAA